AUGAGUGAGUCAAGUGAAGAGUCUAGCGAGCCGCCCUUCCAGAUGCCAGUGUUCCAGCAAGUGUUGUGGGUUAUCGCCUUCGGUAUGAUGAUCCUCGGGGCUUGUGUCGGCAACACCGUCGUUAUAAGGAUCGUUCUUGGUAACCAGCGGAUGAGAACCACCACUAACUACUUCCUGGUCAACCUGUCGGUGGCUGAUCUCUUCAUGACACUCUUCAACUGCGUCUUCAAUUUCGUCUUCAUGCUAAAGGGGCACUGGGGGUUCGGUAGUGUUUACUGCACUGUGUCACAGUUUGUGGCUCACGCUUCCCUUGCCGCUUCUGUCUUCACUCUUGCAGUCAUCUCCUUCGACAGGUUCUUGCAGGUGAUGAGGCCCCUCAAACCCAGGAUGUCUGUCUGGAUGUGUCGAGGACUUGUUUGCUUCAUCUGGGCUGUGGCAGCAUCCCUGGCUGCGCCUAUACUUCCCUAUGCCACCACCAUCCACUAUGAUAUUGGGGGCCGGGUCAUCUGCGUUACCUGGGGUGACGGGGCCCUUUCCCUGUCUCAAAAAGGAUUAGUGUACAAUGUGGUAAUCCUGGCGGUGACCUACGUAGUGCCUAUGACUGCUAUGAUCGUUUGCUACGCUGUUAUAGGUUGCAAGCUGUACGACACUCGCUCUCUCAAAACCUCUCGCCAGGCAGACAACUUUAAGAGUAAGAGGAAAGUGGUACAGAUGCUGGCGCUGCUAGUCGGGGUGUUCGCUCUGUGCUGGCUACCCUACCAUGUGUACUUCAUUCUGGUCCAUCACCACCCUCAGCUCAGUGUCCAGCCGUACGUUCAGCACAUGUACCUUGCCUUCUAUUGGCUUGCAAUGUCCAACGCUAUGAUCAAUCCCAUUGUCUACUACCUUCUCAAUGCCAGGUUCCGUUACUUCUUCAGGCAGUUGUUUGCACAGAUGCGAGGUGGACUACGCAAAUGUAUGAAGCCCCAGGAGGUCGGCUCCUCUGACGUCUCUGCUGAUGGUACAGCACCUCCGCUCACUCAUCACUCUGCAUGAACACCUGUCAGUGAUG